UUCAAGAUGGCCGACCAGACAUAAACAAACGCUCGUUUCUCAACUCAUUUUGUCGAUUUUAAAGACAAAUUGAAACUUCGUGAAUAGAAAACUGUUCCAUUACAUCCAUAUCAAUAGAAGACAGGAAUACAGAGUUUUGGGGACGGCGUUUGCUUCGUUGACGGAUGAGAUGGAAAACAGAUUCAAGGAAAUGGAGCGUUCGUUUACCAAAAGGUUAGAGGAACAGCAGUUGGAAAUCGACUUGUUGAAAGACCGUACGGCCGAGCAAGAAAAUGAAAUUAAAGUGCUGCGAAAUGUACUUAAAGAAAAGAAUUCGGCAAAGGGCAUGGCACAGAAGAGGCAGUUUUCGAACGAAGAAGAGAUUGCAUUCUUCGCAAAGGUCGGGUCUAACUUAUCUCAUCUAGGUCAAGGUCAAACGAUCGUGUUCGGUGAUGUCGUUACCAACAUCGAUAACACCAUGUCGAUUGGAGCCUACAACAACAGUUCUGGAAUAUUCACUGCACCAAUUGAUGGUCUGUAUGUGUUCUCCACCACGAUGCACAGCCUCAAUCAACAGACGACACACUUUGGAAUCUAUCGUAACUCCGACAAAAUCACAACGAUAUACGUGCAUGGUGACGUCACUUCCGAUUCUACGUCAGAAACAAUCGUGCUUGCAUUAAAACGAGGGGAGACAAUAUCCGUUCGUCACCUCGAGAGUGACCAUGGAGCUUGGGGCGGUGGCCACUCGCUAUUCUCCGGCUUUUUACUUAGAGCCCACAAUGGAGAGGCAGAAAUUGUCGGCUAAAUCAUUGAGUGGAUUGGGUCAGGAAUUAUGAUAAAAAAUCAAUAUAAUAAUAAAUAGGAUAUUUCAUGA